AUGUCCGGUGAAGCAUGGCUCUACCUGUUGGCGGUGCUGAUCAACGCCGUCAACCUGUUUCUGCAAGUCUUCUUUACGAUCAUGUACAGUGAUCUGGAGUGUGACUACAUCAACCCUAUCGACCUCUGCAACCGUCUCAACGCCUACAUCAUCCCUGAAGCCGCCGUCCACGCUUUCCUGACGACCCUGUUCCUGAUCAAUGGCUACUGGCUCGCGCUGAUUUUGAACCUGCCUCUGUUGGCGUUCAAUGCCAAGAAGAUCUUCGAGAACCAGCACCUGCUGGAUGCGACUGAGAUCUUCCGCAAGCUGAACGUGCACAAGAAGGAAUCCUUCAUCAAGCUGGGCUUCCACCUCUUGAUGUUCUUCUUCUACCUCUACAGCAUGAUCGUUGCUCUGAUCCGCGACGACUCCAACUGA